AUGCCUCUAAUAUCUGCCAUAGAGGUGGAAAACACUAAAAGCCAUGUCCGGGAGAGGAUUACGUCUGCCAAAGCAUGGGAAUUGCCAAAGCAGCCAACUACUUUUGCGCCCGAAGGCACCUGGACUAAUAUCGACAACGAUGUGACGCCCGUCCAACGACGCAUCUGGGGUCAUUGGGCUCUGUUAGGGUACUGGAUGAGUGAUAUACUGUCUACUCAAUCAUGGGAAGGAGCUUCGACGAUCAUAUCAGGCGGCUUGACAUACCGAGAGGCCUUGUUGUGUCUCAUUAUGGGGACUGUCAUUAUUGCAAUCCCAAUUUCGUUCAAUGGCUCUAUCGGCGCAAAACUACGAGUACCAUAUCCUGUUGCUUCUCGUGCCAGUUUUGGUUUUGUCUUUUCCAGAGUACCAGUCAUUAUUCGUAUGGUGACGGCCCUGUUUUGGCAUGCCAUUCAAACUUAUGCAGGAUCGACAGCAAUGACGCAGGUGAUUCGAGCUAUCUGGCCUUCGUAUCUGAAUAUUCCAAAUCAUCUUCCGGAAAGUGCAGGCAUUACCACCCAGCAAAUGGUGUCUCAUUUAAUUUUUUGGACCGUGCAGCUACCAUUCUUGCUGACUCCGCCGCAUAAAUUGCGCUGGUUCUUCGUUUUUAAAGCAGGGGUUGUGACCACGGCGGCGGUGGGCACGGUUAUUGGCAUGUGCAAGUUGGCUGGAGGCACAGGGGAUAUUUGGAACCAGAAGCCACAUUAUACUGGGUCAACACGAUCUUGGAUGAUCCUCUCGUACAUGACUUCUUUAAGUGGUGGAUGGGCCACAAUGGCAACAAACAUACCAGAUUACACGCGCUACUUGAGAAAGCCGCGCGGAAUCUGGUUGCAGGCCGUGACAGUCCCGGUGAUUUGCACCUUCAUCGGGGUCCUCGGUAUCAUCACGACCAGUGCUAGCAAUGUCCUUUACGGGCAGUAUAUCUGGGACCCUGUAGAAGUCGCGAGCCACUGGGACGGCCCAGGCGGUCGAGCAGCCGCGUUCUUCGUCGGUCUUGCAUGGGUUGUCGCGCAGAUCGGUGUCAAUGUAUCGGCCAACGUGAUUUCGUUUGCCAACGACUUGACUUCUCUCUGCCCUCGCUACAUCAACAUCCGACGCGGAGCGGUAAUCGCCACUAUUAUUGGAGGCUGGGUCAUGGUCCCUUGGAAGAUUGUGUACUCGGCUACUAGCCUGAUUAACUUCAUGGGCGCGCUAUCCAUCUUCCUCUCGCCUAUCGCCGCCAUCCUAAUUGCUGAUUUCUGGGUCAUAAAGAACCAAGCAAUUGACGUUCCGGCCCUGUAUCGCCCGCACUCGCGGUAUCACUAUGUUGGGGGUUGUAACUGGCGCGCAGGUGUGGCCAUGCUUGUGUCGUUAGGUCCCAAUUUGCCGGGACUUGUCAACGCGGUGAAUCCGAGCAUUGAUAUUGGCGGUGCAAUCAAGGUUUAUGAUUUUAAUUAUCUUUGGGGCUUCAGUAGUGCGUUUGUUGUGUAUAUUGUUUCGAGUCUUGUUUUUCCUGCACCGGAUACGCUUGUGCCCGUGACUAUUCAUGAUGAUGGCGAUUUGUAUGUGGGCGAGGCUGUAAUGGAAGAAGAAGGUGCUGUGAUACCAGAGAAGCAAGUCUGA